AUGUGCCGUGGAUGUGAUCCUAAGCUGUUUGAACGUCGAGUCAUCGCCCACGGAGAAAGCGACGAUUAUGUUGAAGCAGAUGAUUCGGCAGAUCCGUCGGACCAUCACCAUCAUCAUCCACAUCAGAACCAUUCGCAUCAUCCCGUACAGAACAAGGACUCGAAAAAAGCUCUGAAACGGAAAGCUGAAGCACCGCCUCCAAUCGUGUUCCCCACGGAUAUGAAUAAUGACUUGUGCAGAGCAAUGCUGGACGAGCUGGAGUGUCAACCAGGUGUCGGUCCAUUCCUCGAGCCCGUUGAUCUCGACCUGGUACCCGGCUAUCGGGAAGUGAUUGCAAAUCCCAUUGAUAUGGCAUCAAUUAGGAAUCGAAUCGAAGCCCAGUGUUACGAGACGCCGGAAGAUUUCGCCGCUGACAUGGAGUUAAUGUUCAAUAAUUGUCGCACGUUCAAUGAAGAUGAUUCUCCUGUAGGCAUGGCCGGCGCUAGUCUGGCAAAAUUCUAUCACAAACGUUGGCGUCAACUGAAAUACAACUUCAGCAAACGGCUGAAACGUAUGCGUCAUGCAGUAUAG